AUGGGUAAUCAAUGCUCAUCAAAAGAGAAUCCUUUAUCUGAUGCACCAAUAUCAAGAACUACUACAUCAAAGAUUUCAGUUCAAGAUAAAUUGCUAAAAGAUAACAAUACCUUUAUAAAUUCAUGCACUGAAACUUAUUUUAAAAAAUUUCACAAGGUAUUAUAGACAUUAUGUAAUAUUAGAAAAUAGUAGAAAAUGACAUAUAAGAAUUAUGUAAAAAUAUGAAUUAGAAAAAGUUGUUUGUUAAGAUAAAAGGAAAGUAUCCUGAUGAUGGUGAAUAAUAGAUAAUUUAUAAAAAGAUUUCUAAUGAUAUACAAUAAAAGGGGAAGCAUCUCUAUAAUUAGUUGAUUUUGCAUUAUAGUUAAUUUUUGAAUGAGCUUUUUGAAUUUGAUGAACAAUUCCCUUUAAAAUCUAUAACUUCAUAUAAUUAUGGAGAUGUAAAGACCAGUACAUAACUUGUGAGAAAUGUUAGUUACAAAAGAAGUUUAUCUGAUAAUUUUAGAAUUUAGCAACCAUCAUUUCAAGAUAAAAAUAUGACAUAAUAAUCAAUUAAUAAUUAAAAUAUUGCUAGACAAUUUCUUGAUAAUCAACAAUUGGCAUACUUAUUUUUAGAAUAGUUAAGUUGCAUGUUUAAACUUUGUUCUACUAUUAUAGAAUAUAUAUAUGGAUAGUUUAUCACUUCUAUAUUUGGCACAGAUAUUGAUGCUUUUACAGAUCGAUAAUUAUUUAUAAGUAAGAUAUAUUAAAAAGACCUUUUUAAAUCUAUACCUUAAUUAUCUUUAUUGUUAUCUAAUGCUUUACCUAUAAUUUAUAAUAGUAGAUCAGCUUUAAUUAGUAAUGAUUGUGCAUCACCUCCUAUUUUAAAUCCAAGUUUAAUGCCUUAAAUGACUGAAAACAUUUAGACUGAAUAUUUCUUUGAUUUAUUGGAUUCGACAGAAUAAAAAAUAGAUCAAUAAUCAAUAUUAAAUGAAUAAAAUUAGAAUACAUAGCCUUAUUCUUAAACCUUUGCCUUAAUUGAUAGUAUUAUCAAUUGUAAAAUGCCUUGGUUGAAAUUUAAAUUGAUAGGAAAAUUAGAUAAUUUAAUUGUGGAGAUCUUUUUAUCAUCUCGAUAAAAUACCUAAAUUUCGCAUUUUAAAGAUAUCAUCCAACCUGAAGAUUCUAAAAUUGAAGUGUUAAAAUAUAUAUUACAAAAAUAUAUGUGUUCAAGCAAAAGUUAAAAUCUAUUAUUAUGUUAUUAUUAUUUAAGAUGGAUGUAGGAAUAUGAUUCAGUAAUACAUUAGAAAUUAAAAACAUUUACAUGUCCUUAUUUUGUUCGAUUUAUAUCAUUAUAUGAAGUGGCAUACAAUUACUAUUAAAAAAGAUCAGCAAUGUUUUUAUUUAAUUAAUGA